AUGAUUCUAAUGGUGGUGAUUUUCCUGCUGCUUCUGUUCUGGGAAAACGAGUCAAAUGAAGACAUUGUGAAGUCGACCUUAGAGCACUUGCACGUGGACUACCCUAAGGAAGACCUCAGAAGGUACUGCAAUGCCAUGAUCUUCCAAAGGAUCAUCAGGGAGCCUGACAACUCCUGCAAGAAGGAGCAUGUCUUCAUCCACGAGAGGCCUCGAAUCAUCAACAGUGUUUGCAAUUCUCCCAAGACAGUGGCUUGCCAGAACCUUUCUACCAUUUUAUGCUUCCAGAGUGAGAUAAAGUUCAAAAUGACAGUCUGUCAGCUCAUAGAAGGUACCAGAUAUCCCGCCUGCAGAUACCACAUCUCCCCCACAGAAGCCUUUAUCCUUGUCACUUGUAACAACAUGGGGUCAGUUAAUUUCCAGGGAUAUGUCAGAUAACUUGAGACCAGCCCCUGAGUCUCUUCCCUCUCAAGGGUGUGGAGCUGGUUCUCAGGCACGCUGGGUUGUAGAC